AUGGCUAAACGAACGGCCAUUGUCACAGGCUCAAGUCGGGGCAUUGGUGAAGCGAUUGUCCGCCGGCUCGCAAGCGAAGGCUAUGCCGUGUGCGUCAACGACGUGGGCGCCAACCAAGCGGGGAUAGACAAGCUGGUGGACGAAUUGAACAAGACACACGGAUCGGGGACGGCGAUUGGGGUGGCUGCCGAUGUGACCUCGUCGUCGGAGGUGCAAGGGCUGAUCCAAGAGUCGGUGAGCAAACUGGGCCCAUUGACAGUGAUGGUGGCGAACGCGGGGAUCGCACAGGUGGCUCCAGCGCUAGAUCUGAGUGACGAGGACGUGCAACGCAUGUUCAACGUCAAUUUCAUGGGGGUAUGGCUGAGCUACACGCACGCGGCGCGACAGAUGAUCAAGCAAGGCCCCGUUCCCGAGGGGAGCAGCUCGUACAAGAUCCUGGGCGCGGCCAGCAUCGUCGCGUUCAAGCCAUUCCCGCUGCUCGCGCAUUACAGCGCGUCCAAGUGGGCGGUCAGGGGCUUGACGCAGGUGUUCGCCAUGGAAAUGGCCCAGCACAAGAUCAACGUCAACGCGUAUGCGCCCGGCAUCGUCGGCACCGCCAUGUGGGAUCUCAUCGAUGAGAAGCUCGGCCAGAUCGAGGGCCGGCCCAAGGGCGAGACGGUCAAGAAAUACUCCUCCGACUUGACCGCGCUGGGCAGAGUCAGUGUGCCUGACGAUGUCGGCAGCGUGGUCGGCGGCUUCCUCUCUUCCAAGGACUCCGACUUCGUCACGGGCCAGACGAUUGUGGUUGACGGUGGCAUCGUCUUCACUUGA